AAAGUUGUGAUCGGUGCGGUGGCUCUGCUGACUCUCCUGACACACGAGUCUCACUCACAACUAGAUGUGUGCGGUAUAACUCCGCUCAACACCAGGAUUGUUGGAGGACAGAACGCCCCUUUGGGUAACUGGCCCUGGCAAGUCAGCCUGCAAACAUCUGGAAGACACUUCUGUGGAGGAUCCCUCAUUAACAGUGAAUGGGUGCUGACUGCUGCUCACUGCUUCCCAAGCAUCCGAGCCAGUCUGACUGUGUCUCUGGGUCUCCAGAGUCUACAGGGACCCAACACCAAUGGGGUGUCUCGGACGGUCACAAAGGUCAUUGUAAAUUCUAACUAUAACGCCAUAGCUAAUGACAACGACAUCUGCCUCCUGCAGCUCUCCUCACCGGUGACGUUCACAGAUUUCAUUGUUCCUGUCUGCCUGGCAGCUCCAGGCAGCACCUUCUUCAGCGGCGUUAGCUCCUGGGUGACCGGCUUUGGCAACAUUGCAUCCGGAGUUUCCCUUCCUGCCCCAGGAAACCUAACGGAGGUGAAUGUGCCAAUCAUAGGGAACAGAGAGUGUAACUGUGACUACGGAGUGGGCUCAAUCACAAACAACAUGAUCUGUGCCGGGUUAAGUGCUGGAGGGAAGGACUCCUGUCAGGGGGAUUCAGGUGGUCCGCUGGUGAGCAAGCAGGGCAGCCGCUGGAUCCUGGGGGGAAUCGUAAGUUUUGGAAAAGGUUGUGCCCAGCCUAAUACCCCAGGAGUCUACACCAGAGUGUCCCAGUAUCAGUCCUGGAUCAACAGCCAGAUCACCAGCAGCCAGCCGGGCUUUGUCAUCUUCACGUCCACUGGAACUGACAGUGACCUCAGAAUCCGCUGUGCUGGCCUGCCAACCGCCCUCCCUCAACCUGUGUUCUGUGGCCAAGCCCCAUUGAAUAGUAUUUCCGGAGGAAGUUCGGUGGCGACGGCUGGUGUGUGGCCAUGGAUGGCGAGCCUACACUGGAAUGGAAGUCAUGUGUGUGGCGGGACUCUGGUGGCCGUUGACUCCGUGUUGAGCAACGCCGACUGCUUCUCAAGUUCACAAACACCGUCUGAAUGGACUGUGGUGUUGGGUCGGUUGAAACAGAAUGGAUCUAACCCCUUUGAGAUGACACUGAAUGUGACAAAUAUCACUCUGAGCAACCUGAAUGGGUCAAAUAUAGCAGUGCUGCAUCUGUCAACACAACCAAGCCUGUCCAACUACAUCCAGCCCAUCUGCCUUGACAACGGACGGACCUUCGCUUUGGGCUCCACGUGCUGGGCUGCUGGCUGGAACGCCGAUCAAGGAGGGGUGGAACAAGUUCUGCAGGAGUUCCAGACAUCGGUGGAAAAUUGCGGGAACGUGUCUUCAAGUGACAGCAUUUGUACCAGAACUUUUACACUGGAGAAGGGUGAUUCUGGAGGUCCAUUGAUGUGUAAGCUGGGCAACUCUUGGUUCCAGGCAGCAGUGUUAUCAGCUGGAAACACCACCAGAAAAACACGAGAUGCAGUGAUGCAAUUCCCCAAACUGAGCACCUUUCAAACCUUCCUGGCUCGUACAGUGGGGUUCUUAUCUCCACCUUCAAACUCCACCAACACCAGUGCCAGCAACAGCACCAACACAACUCUCCCCAACGGUGGGGCCACUCCUGCUCACUCCCUGGUCUUCCUCUUUUUCGAUCUCAUCGUCUUCUCGGCGUGUCUCCAACUUUUCUUAUAGAAGCCUCCAACUUUUUUGGAAGGAUUUAAUGUACAUGAUGUGACGAGCACAAAUGAAUGUAAACAACCUUGAAUCUGAAAGACAAUUUAGGUCAAAGCUGCAAUAAUACUAAUGUAUGAAUUGAUUCAGGUGACAACAAGGAAUAAAGUAGUAAGGUUGAAGGGAUUAAACCAGGCAUACAGGGUCCUUACAGCUGUCUCCACCAUUAGGCGUUAAAUUCUCCAGGUCCAAUCAUCGGCUGAAACAACAAUAAUGCUUAGCUGAAAAACUUUUGCUUCACUGACAAGUCAACUAAGACCCAGAAAGCUUUGUUUUUGUGCAUAAAUUGAAUGAAAGAGCUUUACAAUUUUGUGCAGGAAUGUGCAAAAUACUGACCAGGUAAUGUGAUAAGUUGACAGUAUGAAGUAUAAGGAUUACUUACAAUGUAAAAAAGAUAAUAGUCCAACACAUGUGGGUUAAUGUAACAUGUAGAGACUGAUGUUGAAGCUUUACGUUAAUGUAACAUGUAGAGACAUAUGUUGAGGCUUUACAUUAAUGUAACGUGUAGAGUAAGGGGGAGAUUUGUUUUUUAAAUGAAAACUUUAAAAUGAAUUGACUUUGAAGGACUCAGACAGUGUCCCUUUAUGGGUUUCUGAAGGGUUACUGUUAUCAGUCUAAAAUUAAGGGUGUAAAAUGAAGUUUAAGUUGCACUAAACAAAUGUCUAUGUAAUAUGUAGCCGAGAAUUCCAGCAUUUCUUCGAUUUGAAGCUACAGUACAUGCACCAUACAGACAUCUGCACAUCUUUUUCUAUUAUUAUUAUUUAAUAAUUAUUAAUUAA